AUGGCUCAAAUUCAUAAGUUGGAAGACCAAAGAGGUCGCAAAUGCUCUGGUGAGAAGUUCUACGAAAUCUUCCGGAAAAAAGCAAACCUCUUGCCCCAGAUCUGCCCAGACUUGGUGAAAGAUAUAAAAGUAGUCAAGGGUGACUGGGAGUCGAAGGACUCAACAAAGCAAUGGACUAUUGUUGUAGCAGGAAAAUUGCCUGAGGUGGAUGUGAUGGCCGAAUCAGCAGAUGACGACAAUAAGUCCUACACUUACAUCGUAAUAGAUGGAGAGAUUAAAAAACACUACAUUUUUUUAAAAACCACUUUCAAGGUUACCACAAAUCCAAUCCACUCUCUGGAUCAUGGCUGCUGGGUGAAGUUGACUAUCGAAUAUGAGCCAAAUCCACAUUCAAGGGAAAAACCUACUGAGUACUUGGACUUCUAUAUCAGUGUGAUGAAUGCUGUCGAGGAAUACCUUCUGCGCAAUCCAUAA